AACCUUUUCAGAUCGGGUACUCCGCCAAUAUUCGAUAUGGUCUGGCAGGCUGGGGUCCUUGCUGUCUGUUUUUGGCGUGUUCCUCUUGGUCGGGCUGGCUUCAUCUUUGCUUCUGAUGUUCUUGCAAGCGGCGAUCGCCCCAGCGGACGCCGAGCUGAGCACAUUGACGAAUUUCAAGCAUAGCAUCGCCGAGGUCCUCCCGACCCCUGUGCAGCAGAUUCUUUCUGACGGAGACUUGGGCCACAUCUGGAGCCGGCUCAGACAGCAUGACUCGAAGAUUGCGCAGCUGGUUGGCGACGAUGCCUCCAUCAGAAAGACCGUUGAAAGUCUGAAGUCGAGACUUCCCGAAAAGAUCUACAUUUCCACCAACAAGGCCGGCAAGCCGGAGAUAACGCAAGACUUCUGGCACGCUCUUAGGGACAAGAUCAAAGCGGACGAUCUUAUCGUCACCUUGGAGAAUGCCAAGCAAAGCUCGCCAGAGAUCUCGGACACUUUAUGGCGGGCAGUCAAGUCUCGAUUUGAGGCAGACGAGGUGUUGGGGUCCAUCAAGAAUCCCGCAGGCUCUGGAGUUACAACAGAAGACCUUGAGAAAGUGGUGGACAAUAGGCUAUCGAAGUCCUGGGAAAGCUGGCAAGAACGCAACGACGCAGCCUUGCGCGACCUGCUUGCAGAUACGGUCAAGGGCACCGCAGUGCAGCGUGACGAGUUCAUCACGCUGUUGGAGAAGGAAGUGUUGGCGUACAAACAGGAGAUCCAGCACGAGCUUGUGGCGGUAAACAGCCGUCUCUCCGCACUGCAGAAGGACUUGGACAAGAUUGGAAGCCAGACGCCGCCGGGCGGUAUGACGAGGUGGGACGUGCAGUCCAUGAUUUCAGCCACCAUUGAGAGCCUGGUCAACCAGGGCGGUCUCGAUGCGAUCGCCAAUGGCCAAAUCCGUGGACAUGCCGCUUCCGAGCUCUACAACCAGGUCAACUUCUUCAGCCAAGGUAGCGGUGCCGUCAUCGACCCCGGCCUGACAUCGAAAGCAUGGACGCCUCCGUCCAGUGCAUUCAAGUCCAAGAAGUACAUGGAUCGCGACGGAUACAAGCCCCAGCCAGCGAGCGCCGUCUUGAAGGCUUGGACCGACGAAAACGAGUGCUUCUGCGCCGCGCCGUUGCCAGAGAGCCGACACCACCAACCGAGCGCCGACUCCAGCAAGCCGGCACAGAACGCCAUCAGCGUCCUCCUCAGCCGCGACAUCGUGCCCCAGCAUCUCGUCGUAGAGCACAUCCUCCCCGGCGCCACGCUCAACCCAGGUGCCACACCGCGCACCAUUGAGGUGUGGGCCUACAUCGAGGAGAUGAACCUGCGGCACGAGGUCGAGGUUUUCUCGCGGACCCAGUUCCCCAGCACGCCGGCGGAGAAGGUCCUCAACGAGGGCUUCCAGAAGAUCGGGCACUUCACGUACCAGCAGGCCGGCGGCAGCGGCGGCGCCCUGAGCGACCACGGCGUGCAGGUGUUCAAGAUCUCGGACGAGCUGAGCCGCAUGGGCGCCGUGACCAACCACGUCGUCGUGCGCGCGCUAGACAACUACGGGGCCGACCACACGUGCUUCUACCGGCUGAAGCUGUACGGCGAGAGACCUGGACAGCAGGAGGGCAGGCGGGGUUGGCACGAAGAGGACAUGCGGGAAAGCACCCACUACUCCUACACAGGAAAAGAGGCCAGAGGCUCAGAGGAGAAGAAGAAAGGGUGGUUCUCGUGAGCCGCUUCAAGGGGAGCGAGCGGGUAGUUCGUUGGUGGAAGCAAAGCUUUAGGCUGCGCGCGUUGUGUACUAUUUCUUUCAAGAUGAGCCAAACAAAAGAUAUGACUACC